CUGAGGGGUUCACCUGAACUCUGUUCGGCAAAAACUUACAUUGUUUAUACAUGCUUAAUAUUAUUUUUUAUGUAUAUAUGAUAGAUGUUGAACCUUUUUUGACUUCUUCAUGUGUUUACUAAUUCAUAUCUUGAACCCUCUAAGUGAAUUUUGGCUCUACCACUGUUAUUGGUUAAGAUCCUAUCAGAACUCUUGAGAUAGUUAUGACUUGCAAAAAUUUAAUCUAUCAAGGCACAAAAUUCAUUUAUCUUUUCAAAAUAAUUAUCAUUAGUUGAGUGACCUUUGUGGUACAAAACAAAGUUGAAUGACUUUUCAAAAUAAUUAUCAUUAGUUGAGUGACCUUUGUGUUACAAAACAAAGUUGAAUGACUUUUCUAUUAUAAAAUAAAAUUGAGUAACUUUUUGAGAUAAUUAUCAUUAGUUGAGUGACCUUUGUCUUAUAAAAUAAACUUGAGUGAGUUUGUGAGAUAUAAAUUAUUACUUGAGAUCCUACCAAAAAUAACUCUAUUAUAUAAAUAGAUACUAGGGCUCACAUUAGGGGGAAAAAGUUUAUCAAAAUUGAGAUGUAUACUGAUACUCAAGAUUGUAAGAGUACCGCCUCGGCUAUGGCUGCCACCGGAUCUUCGACCGUAGAAGGGUCAACAAGAUCACCUUUAGAUUCUACAGUUCAAACGGGAAAUGCAAAUGAAGGUGACUGGCAGGAAAAGGCUUACGAAAAGAUCAAGUCUAUGAAGGAAAUGCAUUACUCAAAGCUCUAUUCUCUAUAUCAGGAAAUUGCUGAUGCACUGGAAGAGAAAUCUCAGCAUCUUACAAAUGAGCAAAUUGGAAAGCUGAAGAUGUUCAAGAUAACGUUGGACCGCAUUAUGCUUUUCUUGCAGCUUAACAAGGAUUAUAUCACACUUGCUCACAAGGAGAAACUGCUUUCGGUUGAGAAACACAUAAAUUUCUUUCUUAGACCCCGUCAGACACCAAAGCCUACUUCUUCUCCAGUGCAGGAGCAACUUCCUCAGGGGCGCAAGCAGCAAACUGAUGCAGAACCAGCAACUAAGAGAGCAGUCCCACCAUCGGCAGAUGCAGCAGCAACGUUUUUAGAGAAAGACGUUAGCGCGACAGCAGCAAGCAAAGCAAUAGUAGACCAUGCUAUUGUGAACCCACCAGAUGUCACAGCUUCAACAGUCUUCGAUCCAGCUUCAGCAACCUCAAUCCCUUGAUGGUUGAAACUAAUCCAUAUAUGCAACAAAACAGUAUUAUUGACUUGCAACAUGAUUGUUUUGGAUAAUUCUAUUGUUUAUGUUUCGUGCACUCGUUAACUCAUGCACCCUUCCCUAGAUUAUGUGAACUAUUUGCAAUUAUGAUGAUAAAUUGUUUAAAUUAUGUGGGAACUCAGGCUAAAAUUUGAAAUAUGCAUCUCCAUAUUUUUCUCUGUU